UCGUCUCCAUGGAACUGGAUUCUGUCUCGUUAGGGUUUGCUAUGCGCACCAGUUAUCUGGCUAACACUGCAACACUAUACUAGUAAAUCGAUUUCUGGUUUCAGUCUCAACGUCCGGCUGCUACCCAGCAAAAUGUCCACGUUGAAGACAAUUUCUGCGGCUCUAAAACUCAUUGACGCGAAGAAAGAAAACCUUAAGAAAGCGUACGAUGAGCUCCAAGCUCACCAUUCUCUUCUCUCCUCCUCCUCCUGUCUCUCAUGGUCUGACAUCGAUUCCCAUUUUACCUCAGUCCAAGAUUCUCUAAUUCAACGUUUUCACCAUCUCGAGUCCCUGGAAUCCCGCCAAUGCGAUCCUCAAGUGGCACAAACUUCCCAAUCAAUUCCCGUUUCUUCUUCAUCAUUGCCUAAUCAAAAUCCGAAGGUUGAAGAUUAUGCUUCGGUUCUCAACAACCCAUCUUCAUCAUCAAAUCCUCCCGAGAAUGGAGCUGAUUUGGGUGCGGGAGAGUCUGUAGUACCUGAUGAAGUGACGCCUAGGCGGGCGUUGGUUGCACUUUGCGAGAAGAUGGAUGGCAAAGGGUUGAGGAAGCACUUUAUUCAGCAUUUUAGAAGAAAUAGUGGUCUUGAGGAUGAGCUUCCCGGUGCGUUACGUUGUGCUCCAGACCCAGCGGCAAUGAUUCUGGAUUCAUUGGAUGGGUUCCCUGGGGCUAAUAGCAUGAAGGACGCACGGAGGAGCAAGAGCUUUUGCUUGCUCUUUUUGGGAAAGUUAAGGGCUAUAUCGCCAAAGAUUGAAUUCAACGCGCGAGAGAAGGCUAGGAAGUUGGCGGCAGAGUGGAAAUGGAAGUUCAUGACUGAAGAUCGUACAGACGCAUUGGGGGCCUUGGCUUAUUUGCAUCUUUUGUUGACCUAUGGUUUGGUUUCAGAAGUCAGCAGGGAUGAACUUGUUGAGAUUUCCGCAAUGGCUGCGACCAACAAGGAAGUUCCUGAGCUCUGCCGAAUUAUGGGGUUGGCUGAUAAAGUUCCUGAUCUUGUUCAGAAACUUGUGGACAGGGGCAAAUAUGUUUUGGCUGUCAAGUAUGUUAUGGAGUUUCAUCUUGCCGAUAAAAUCCCACCGGUCCCCAUUUUGAAAGCUUGUGUGAAUGACUCUGAGAAACUUGCUAAAAGAAUCCUCCAAGAAGGAAAGCCUCCAGCUGAGGCCACAUCUAGAGAAAUCCAUAAACUGCGGUCUGUAAUUAAAGCCAUCCAGAGCCACAAACUUGAAUCUGAAUAUCCGAUAGCAAGCCUUGAGAAGAGGGUAGAACAGCUGGAGAAGCAGAAGGUGGGUAAAAAACGACCUUUAUCUGCUCUUGCUGCAAAGCCUCAACCUCAGUCUCAACAGCGUCAGCAACAACAACAUCAAUUGCAUCAGAAAAAUAUCAAGAGCCAGGAGCAGAAGCAGCAUAGCGGAAGCAUGCAUCCUCAAAUAUCUGUUCCAGUUGCCCCUGCAGCUGUCCAGCUGAAUGUUGGUAGUGCCAAUUCAGCAUUACACCAGUAUCAACAGCCUCUUAUUCAGUCAACAGGUUUGUUGCCGAAACAUCAGAUUUCAUACAUAACCUCACAAGCCAUGCCAUAUAGCAUGGUGGCAUCAACCUCUACCAUCUCACCUUCUACAGGUCCUUCAGCUGGGUCUUAUGAUUUUGCCAGUAUCCCUAUGGGUUCCAGUGGAAACCCCAGUCAAGUUGGUUCUCAUCCAUACUCAUCAGAGCUAAAUUUUCCAUCUGGUUAUUGUGAUAGAAUCACUGCUUAUAGUGGUCUUUCACGUUAUUACCAUUCAUCUUACUAUCCUCAAUAGUUCAAGAAACUGAACCUCUUUUAAACACUGGAAUCUUGGGGUGGUGUUACACCAUUUUGGUUUCUCCCUGGCUUAGCACUUCUGGUUUCUGGUUAUCAAAAGCAUAAUUUGCUUCUUUAAUCACCAUGAUUGUAGGAUAGGAACUAGAUUCAGUAAUUACGAAUUGUGAGGGGUUAUUUAGGUUUAUGCUUUUGAUUACUUGAUCAGUUUGUAUCUUUAAGAGAGUUAAUCAUUACCUUCAAGACUGCUUUGCUUUCUUCUGUUUUUUCAUGGCAAGGGAUGGCACU